AUGGCCACUUCUCGUCACUACUAUCAACCGGCCGCCUACUCCAUCCAUGCGCCUUCCAAGGCACCGGCGCCGGCGGGUCUUUAUCCCAUCUCCAGAGUGCCAGGCUCCCCACCGAGUCUUUCUGGUGCAAGCACCACUGUCGGCAGUCGCUCCUCCGGCGGACUCACUUUCAGCUCCGCUGGCGACUAUGACUCCAGCUCUGCAUCGUACUCUGGCGUCGAUGUCGUCGAUGUCCUGAGCGACCGCAUGCAGGAUGCAUUUGAUCCAACACCAUUGGACAAAGGUCUCGCACGACAGGCACAAACCUCGGGCCAGCUCAACGCAAAGCAACAAGAACUGCUAGAGCUCCAAGCCCUAGCCCAACGGCGACUGAAAGGCGUACGAGCCAAUUUCUCCGAGGGCCUGAAAACAGCACGAGAAACCAAGCGCGACCUAGAAUGGACGCAAAAGCGCGUGAGUGCCCUGAAAACUAAGGCCGAGAAGGCUCAUCCCGAGGAGUACCGCCGGUCUUCGAAGAAGUAUAGCUAUGACGCAUACUGA